UUGCUCAUUAUCCUCGCUCGUGCAGUCCUGUGGAGCAAUCGGUAGUGAGAGCCUCCUAGCUACAUCGUUCUGUAUUUGAAUCGUUACUGAGAAAAAUCAAUCGGUGUGGCACGGACGGAGCUAUUCCAUACCGAGAAAUCUACUACACCUACCGUCAAGCACGCACGCCGGUGACGUGCUCGAGCAUGUCCACAUCAGAGAUUGUCACGGAUCUACCCGCGAGCACCCUGCCCUGCUCUCCUUUGCGCUGCGAUUCUACCACUCUGACAUAUUUGGGAUUCAACGAUUCGCAGUGAAGGAAUAGGAAACCACAGCCGGAUUACCAAACAUGGGUUUCUACGGCACUUUAAAGAUGAUUUUCUAUAAAAUGAAGAGGAAGUUGGACCAUGGCCCAGAGGUCCGAUCCUUCCCUUCAGGAAAAAAGCCCUGCAAAGGCUCCGAGUAUCCAAGUGCUACAGGGCUGGUCCCCUACCCAGCCACCCCCACCACGUUUGGGCACAUCAGGACAGCUAACGGUCAGGGGCAGCAGAGGCGGCGUAUCACCUCCAUCCCUUCUCCCACAGGUCUCCAGGAAUGGCUCCGGACAUUUCAGAGCUGGAGUGGCCCAGAGAAGCUGAUGGCGCUGGAUGAGUUGAUUGACAGCUGUGAGCCCACGCAUGUCAAACACAUGAUGCAGGUCAUUGAGCCGCAGUUCCAACGCGACUUCAUCUCCCUGCUGCCCAAAGAGUUGGCCCUGUACGUGCUGUCGUUCCUUGAGCCCAAGGACCUGCUGCAGGCCGCUCAGACCUGUCGUUACUGGCGGAUCCUGGCUGAGGACAACCUCCUCUGGAGGGAGAAGUGCCGGGAAGAGGGCAUUGAUGAGCCUCUAGCCUUCAAGAAGAGGAAAAUCACCAAGCCGGGCUUCACCCACAGCCCCUGGAAGUGUGCGUACAUCAGGCAGCAUAGGAUAGACACCAACUGGAGGAGAGGAGACCUCCGAUCACCCAAGGUGCUUAAGGGUCAUGAUGACCAUGUCAUCACCUGCCUCCAGUUCUGUGGUAACCGCAUCGUCAGCGGCUCUGAUGACAACUCGCUCAAGGUCUGGUCGGCUGUCACAGGAAAGUGUCUGAGGACGUUGGUGGGCCACACGGGGGGCGUGUGGUCGUCCCAGAUGAGGGACAACAUCAUCAUCAGCGGCUCCACCGACCGGACGCUCAAGGUCUGGAACGCAGAGACGGGCGACUGUAUCCACACCCUGUACGGGCAUACCUCAACGGUGCGCUGUAUGCACCUGCACGAGAAAACGGUGGUGAGUGGUUCUCGCGACGCCACGCUGCGCGUGUGGAACGUCGAGACUGGUCAGUGUUUACACGUCCUCAUGGGCCACGUGGCGGCGGUGCGCUGCGUCCAGUACGACGGCCGCAGGGUGGUCAGCGGGGCCUACGACUUCAUGGUCAAGGUCUGGGACCCCGAGACUGAGACCUGCCUCCACACGCUGCAGGGCCACACCAACAGAGUGUACUCACUACAGUUUGAUGGGAUCCACGUGGUGAGUGGUAGCCUGGACACGUCUAUCCGGGUGUGGGAUGUGGAGACGGGUAACUGCAUCCACACUCUGACAGGUCACCAGUCCCUCACCAGCGGCAUGGAGCUCAAAGACAACAUCCUGGUCUCGGGCAACGCCGACUCCACCGUCAAGAUCUGGGACAUCAAGACGGGACAGUGCCUGCAGACGUUGCAAGGUCCCCACAAGCACCAGAGCGCCGUGACGUGCCUGCAGUUCAACAAGAACUUUGUCAUCACCAGCUCGGACGACGGCACGGUGAAGCUGUGGGACCUGAAGACGGGCGAGUUCAUCCGCAACCUGGUGACGCUGGAGAGCGGCGGCAGCGGCGGGGUGGUGUGGCGCAUCCGUGCCUCCAACACCAAGCUGGUGUGUGCCGUGGGAAGCCGCAACGGCACCGAGGAGACAAAACUACUGGUGCUAGACUUUGACGUGGACAUGAAGUGAGAGGAGAGGAGGGGAAAUGGUCGAGACGGGGACAAAUGAGGAGAGGGGAGGAGGGUUAAAGGGAGACGAGGAUGAGAUGGCUCAACAUCGAGGGUGAACGUGCCCUAAACUCUUCACUCCCACACUCAGAAACAGCCCCACCCUACCCUCAACGCUACCACCGCCCCCUCCCCCUCCUUACCUCUCCCCUCUCCCGUUUUUGACAAAGCCACAGUCGCCAACCUCACCGGCCAGCACCCGUACUUGUUACCCCUCCCACCUUAAGGGGGUGGAGUCCGAAUCAGAAGGGGUGGGGUGGAAAUGGGUGUGGCUUUAAACAGGGGUGUGGCGAGCCGCCCGCACCUCUGCGGUAGGCUGGGAGGAAGAGGAAGGAGAGGGGGAGGAACGGACUCGUCCAAUAAAGGAGGAAGAGAAGAAAGACAGGAACUCUUGAAGAAAUAACUCUGCGGCUAUAGAGGCAGCUUCUUCGCAAAAUAAACAGAGACUUGUUCACUCAAGCCUGACGCAAGCAUUUGUUCAGAUGUAUAAAGAUAUAUAAUUUUUUAUCCCCCACAUAAAGCGCCAAACGACUAUUUAAUAGAAGAACAACACUAUAUACAGUACACAAGGCAAAGACACAGGGAAACAUCAAAUUCUCAUUUGAGGAAAUUAAGUGAAUUGGAAAAAAGUUUGACAACACACAGACACACAAUAUUAGCUAAGUAAGGAGGUUCUUGUCGUCGGGGAGAGAAUGAGAGAAACGACAUGCCAAGAAUCUGAUUGGUCCCCAAACCAGGUAUGAGCCUAUAACAUCAGGCCCUAUAUCCUGUUCUCUGUUUGUUCCAUUCUUAUUGUUCUUCAGUCUUUUAGUUCCAGGGUUUGAUUUCUUCAAAAAACACAUAGGAGCACACACACAACUGUGAAUUUGCUUUCCUGUUGUAGCUAUGUUCUUUCAAUCAGUUCAAAGACCAGGAUUUUUGUUGUUUGUUUGUUUUUUGGUUGCCUAUUGUUGCCAACAGCAACAAGUCCCAGUAUUAACCUGUUUCACUCACUUCUUUGCUUUUGUUAUCUCACCACGUUUUAUUUUCUGUUUGGGUUGUUCUUUACAUUUUUCUUUUCUUCAUAGCUGAAGUCUGGAGAUGUUACGUCUCUAGAUUUAGACAUUAUGCUGUCCUUUGUUUUUCAACGAGUCUGGCUGGGUUGGUUCCUCAAUGCUGGUUCUUACGUGGGGGGGGGAAGGUUGGGGUUCUCUUCUCGGAGCUCUUCGUGUGGAAUAGCGUCCUCCCUCCCUCCCAGUACUGUUUUCCCGGUGGGUAAACUGUAUUUAUGCUGCUAGAUAAAAACGAAAUAAAGAUGGAAAUUUUACUCGCUGUGACGUUUUAGUCCCAGACUAAAUUCCAAAAUGGACUCUUCUAAUGUUUUAAACAGACGACACACAAAAGAGAGAGAGAGGGAAACAUGACAAUAACAACCGUGGUUUUGUUUCUGCCACUGAAACUUGAGCCAAACAUGCCUCAGCGAGGCUGAGAGGAGAGAGUGUUGGACAAAGACAGGUUUGCCUGCGUAGAGGAAACGAUAGGGUGUAAUGUGUGUGUGUGUGUGUGUGUGUGUGUGUGUGUGUAUGUUUUUGGGCAAAUUGUUAACACAUUCCUUGGGACAAAGUGCUUUCAGCCUGUUCUGUGGGGAACUGUGUAGAUGCUGUGUGGACUGGCAAAGAGAAAAAAGAAAAUAGCAAAUGUGUUUUUUUGUUUUUUUUUAUUGAGUGAAUGAAAGAAAGAACUGUCCAUCCAUAUGUGACUUGUUUCCAUUCAAAUGUUUGAAGCCACAUUGAUGAAUGGGCGCAAACUGACAACAAGUACAGUAGAAGGCAGGACAGUCUUAGUGUUAUGAAUAUGACAUAUUACACAUUACAGUCAAACUGUUAAGCGCUAGCUAGCUCGCGUAGCAGUUAGCCGUCUAAUGGUUUGUGAAUGGAAAAUGUACCAACAGGCAACCUGGCUUCAAGUGAACAGAACAUUGUAGCCAAAACGAUAAGUUAAACUCAAUCUCCCAAGAAAGGAGUCACACACAACUCAAGCAGAACUGUGAAAGUGGUUUAACACUGUGUAUUAAAAAAAAAAACAAUCUUGUUCUUUCUCCUCUCUCGUUUUAUUUUUAAUCUGUUUUAAUUUAUGAUCUGGUUUGAGAAAUCAGAUGCCGCAGGUGUUUUUAUUUUUUCAGUUCAUUCAUGUAACUGCCUGGCAAAAAGAAAACAGACAGAGAAAAAAAACCUGAAAGCGAUUGUGUAUUUGUUUGAUUCAACUUAGAAUUUUUAUUUUCUUAUAACUUAAGUGCAAUAAAAUGUGCGUUUUUUUUGUUUUUCAUUUCAAGCAUUUCAGUUGUCUGUUUUUCACUGUGUUAUGUGUUCAAUAAAACCUCUUCGGUUUAUUACAUUA